UUAGAACGAGGACGAGAAGGAGAAGCGCCCGCGAUUCCUCUCUUGCUCUCUCGCUUGCUUUCUCUCCUUCUCUCUCUGUGCGUGUGUGUGUCUCUCUCUCUUUUCGCUUCUCUUUUGGGACGCUGGUGAUCGCUGCUGCUUCGAUUGGAAGCCAUUGAUCGGUUGGAGAAUCGAGUUUGGAUCGCUAGCGGACUGCCGAUCGGGAUCGGUGUGAUUUCACCGGAGGUUUUUUUUUUCUUGAAAAUUUUGAGCGGAGAGGGAAUGUUUUUGUGCUGAUUUUGUUGACGAUAUGAGAAGGGCAAGAGAUGAGGAUUGCGUGAAUUCGCAGCUCAAGCGACCUAACUCGUCCCCGUGAGUUUGUUGUUAUUCGUUUUAUUGUGUCUAGGCAGAUAAAUAUGGCUAACGAAGCUAGUACCAAUGAUUCCGGUAGGUUGACUACCAGUGAUGCUUUGGCCUAUUUGAAGUCUGUGAAGGAUAUAUUUCAUGAUAAGAAGGAGAAGUAUGAUGAAUUUCUUGAAGUCAUGAAGGAUUUCAAAAGCAAAAGGAUUGACACAGCUGGUGUUAUUGAGAGGGUGAAAGUGUUGUUUAAUGGAUACCGUCAUUUGAUACUUGGUUUCAACACCUUCCUGCCCAAAGGGUAUGAAAUCAAGCUUACGACAGAAGUCAAGAAGCCCAUUGACUUCCGAGAGGCAAUAGUUUUUGUAAAUAAAAUAAAGAACCGUUUCCAGAACGAGGAUAAUGUGUACAAGACAUUCUUGGGCAUUCUAAAUAUGUAUCGAAAAGAACGGAAAACCAUUCGUGAAGUUUACAGCGAGGUAGCAGAUCUAUUUGGAGAACAUCCUGAUUUGCUCAACGAGUUCACACACUUUUUACCCGAUACCUCUGCUGUGGCAACUGCUCAACAUGGCUCUUCCGCUAGAACCUUGCUUCAUGGGUUUAAGUUCAAUUCCCCGGUUCAGAAGGAAGGAACCUACAACUCACACACUGAUCAUGAGCUCAGUGUUGAUCAUUUGGAUGUAGAGCGUGAUAAGAAAAAAAGGCGACAUGAAAGAGAAAAGGAUAGGAGGGACCGUGAGCGGGACGAGAAAGAUAUGGAACAUGAUUUUAAGGAUCUGGACAAUGUACAACGUAGACUAAAACCUUCUCGAAGGGUUGAUGAUGCUAUGACUGAGCAUUUGCAUGAGGUUGGGGAAGGCGCUGAGAACUUUGCGACAUUUAGCAUUUCAACUUCUUCCUAUGACGAUAAAAAUGCCUUGAAGAGUGUUUACCCACAGGAAGUUAGUUACUUUGAGAAGGUCAAGGAAAAGUUGCAUCCUGCUGCAUAUAACGAGUUUCUGAAAUGCAUUUAUAUCUACAACCAAGAAAUAAUAAGUCAAACAGAACUAAAAAGAUUGUUGCAAGAUCUCAUCACAGAAUACCCAGACCUUAUGGAUGGCUUGGACAAAAUCUUUACCAGUCCAGGGAAUGUAGAUGGAUUUGUUACUGGUGUAAUCAAUAAAAAGUCCUUGUGGAAUGAAGGACAUAAAGGCAGACCAUUUAAGCUAGAGGAGAGAGAUAGGGCAAGGUUGUGUGAUAAAGAUGAGAUGUUGAAAGAAAGAGACCAUGAACGGGAAAGGGAGAGGGACAGAGAAAGGGAGAGAACUGAUAAAGGCGUUUCAUGUAUCUCCAAAGAUGUGGCUGCUCACCGAAACAGUCUGCCUAUAAACAAGGAAAAGUAUAAUUGGAACAAACCAAUUUCAGAGCUUGAUCUCUCAAACUGCCAACGAUGCACCCCUAGUUACCGGUUACUUCCAAAGAAUUAUCCAUUACCUGCUGCAAGUUACAGAACUGAGCUUGGCACCUCUGUACUGAAUGAUCUCUGGGUGUCAGUGACUUCGGGGAGCGAGGAUUAUUCCUUCAAGCACAUGCGCAAAAACCAAUUUGAGGAAAGCUUGUUUAGAUGUGAAGAUGAUAGGUUUGAACUGGAUAUGCUUCUGGAGUCAGCGAAUGCUGCUAUUAAACGAGUGGAAGAGUUGGUAGAAAAGAUGCAGGAUGACACAUUUAAAAUGGAAAACCUGAGUCACAUUGAAGACUACUUCACUCCUUUGAACUUGAGAUGCAUUGAACGGCUAUAUGGUGAUCAUGGGUUGGAUGUGAUGGACAUUAUGCGCAAGAAUCCCGUUGUUGCUUUCCCUGUCAUCUUAAGUCGUUUGAAGCAGAAACAAGAGGAGUGGUCACGGAGUCGUUCUGAUUUUAAUAAGGUCUGGGCUGAAAUUUAUGCCAGGAACUAUCAGAAGUCACUUGAUCAUCGUAGUUUCUACUUCAAGCAACAUGACACAAAGAGCUUAAGUGCAAAAUCUCUGUUGACUGAAAUCAAAGAAAUUAAUGAGAGGAAGCUGAAGGAGGAUAAUGUGCUUCUCGCAAUUGCUGCUGGGAAUCAGCUUCCUAUCUUCCCAAAUAUGCAGUUUGAAUAUUCAGAUUCAGAUGUUCAUGAGGAUCUGUAUAAAAUAGUGAAAUAUUCUUGUGGAGAAGUUUGUACUUCUGACCAAUUUGACAAAGUGAUGAGGAUCUGGACAAAUUUUGUGGAGCCAUUUUUGGGUGUUCCUCCCCGAGUUCAAGGUACUGAGGAUGCUGUAGAUGUGGUAAGGUCUAAGGGUUCUGCUGUAAAAAGUAAUUCAGCAAGCACAAGGGAAAAUAAAGGGUGUGGUAGUGAUGAUGCUGUUGGCAACACCAAGCAAUUAAAACCUAUUAGGCAUGCUGAUGCAAACAGUCUGGGAGAACACGGAGAUCUUCAGAAGACUAUAUUGGUGGAUAGUGUUAGAACAACUGGUGGACCUGCCUUUCAUGAUGUUCAUUGCGUUGUUGUUGGAGAUGAUAAUCCUUGCAGUUCUCCAUGCAAUGGAAAAGUGCAAGGUGCUGCUGUGGCUGAUGGAACACCUCUAUUCAGCAGACAAGCUUCUGCAGGUCAGCUGAUGGAUGAUGCUUCCAUAACUGCUAGAGCUGAAGAAAUCCAAGUCAGAGCCAGCCAUGAUAUCGCAUCAGGGCCUGGCUUAACACCUGCAAGGUCUGGUCAAGCUGAUAUGGACAAGAUUGUUGAACCACAGAUAAAUCAUGAGUUUCUUCCUUCAAAGGGAGGUGAAAAUUUGAGAUCAAUUGUGUUUAGUAAUGAUGGUUGUCCAAGUGAAAAUAACAAAGUCCACAAGCAUCGUGAUUCUUCUUCCCCCGGUAACCAGAAAAUCGAAAGAGAAGAAGGUGAGUUAUCACCUAAUGGAGAUUUUGAAGAGGACAACUUUGUGGUUUUCGAUGAUCAGGUGCCUGCAGUGAAGGAUAAUAACAGCAGUGUACAAUGUCAAGAAAAAACUGGUGCAGUGGCAUGUUCCAGUAUGGCAGCAGGAGAUAAUGAUGCUGAUGCUGAUGAUGAGGGUGAGGAAAGUGCUCACAGGACCACAGAAGAUAGUGAGAAUGCUUCUGAGGCUGGUGAGGAUGCUUCAGGCAGUGAGUCUGUUGAUGGUGAGGAGUGCUCUCAUGAAGAUAAUGAAGAAGAAGAUGUGGGCCAUGAUGAUCCAGAUGGUAAACCUGAAAGUGAAGGUGAGGCUGAAGGAACACCUGAUGCACUUGAUGCUGAUGUUGGGGGGACUUCAGAACGUUUCCUUCCGACAGUGAAACCUCUUGCAAAAUAUGUGCAUGAAGCAUUCAAGGACAGUGAUGAUAAAUGUUUGCGGUGUUUUUAUGGCAAUGAUUCAUUUUACUUACUUUUUAGGCUUCAUCAGACUUUAUAUGAGAGGAUUCUUUCUGCAAAAAUGAAUUCAUCAAAUGCGGAAAGAAAAUGGAAAACCAUGAAGGAUACGAGUUCACCUGAUUUAUAUGCAAAAUUUAUGGGUGCAUUGUAUAAUCUACUUGACGGUUCUGCUGAUAAUACGAAGUUUGAAGAUGACUGUCGUUCUUUAAUUGGAACUCAGUCCUAUGUUCUCUUCACACUGGAUAAAUUGAUAUAUAAAAUCGUGAAACAGCUUCAAGCUGUGGCAUCAGAUGAUGUAGAAAACAGGCUUCUCCAGCUCUAUGCUUAUGAAAAAUCACGGGGACGUGGAAAGUUUGUGGAUGUGAUUUAUCAUGAAAAUGCACGUCUCCUUCUUCAUGACGAAAGCAUAUAUCGGUUUGAAUUUUCUUCAGACCCAGCCCGGCUCUCCAUUCAGUUGAUGGAUUAUGGAAAUGGAAAGCCUGAAGUGAUAUCUGUCUCUAUAGAUCCCAACUUUGCAGCAUACCUCCAUAAUGACUUUCUGUCUAGAGAGCCUGAUUGGAAGAGGGGCUGUAUUUUCAUGGGAAGAAAUAAGCGCAAGCUUGGGGAUAGUGAUGAUUAUUCUGUUUACUGCAAGGCCAUGGAUGGUGUCCAAGUUGUUAAUGGCCUGGAGUGCAAGAUGUCUUGCAAUUCCUCUAAGGUACGUUAUGUUCUUGACACAGAGGAUCUCUUUGUCCGUGCUCGAAAGAAAAGAAGAUUAUCUGAUGUCGGCAGAGCAUCAUGUCCUGGUCAGGCACAAUAUUUAAACAAGAAUACAUUGAGAAUGCAGCGUUACCAUCACAAGUUUUUAACAUGACUUUUUCCAAAGACAAGGCAGUGUAGAUGCGAUGACCCGAGGAUGCUAUUGUGACUCCGAUCGAUCAAUCGUUUUGAGAGCUCGUUCUCCGUUUGGAGGGCCCUCCCAUUUGUUUUGCGAAGCAAAUACAGUUCUUUCAGUCCACCUCUCUUUGACAUGUUAGCAGCUUGCAGUUUCAAUAGUUUCAAUAGAACAUAUAUAUACUCAACAUCAGGCCAGAGUCUUGUUGAUCUUCUGUCAUAGAUGAUGUAUAUAUAUAUAUAUAUAUAAUGAAGAACUUGUGGU